CCGGAAGUUGCCCGUCUCCAAGGCGGUUGCUAAGGCGCCGGCAGUAACGAAGGGCAGCGGGUCCCUCACGCAGACUCUUUUUUUAAAAGUAGACAUUUGCGUCGGUGUAAAUCCCAGAAAAUGGCGAGCGCUGUUCUCUGUGAAAUAAACUGGGACGAUGGCUUCGCUAUUCCGGUGUCAAACACAGAAAACAAGUCUUUGGAGGAUGAGGUGCAAAAGAAGCAGAAGGAAAAAGUCAAUAUUGAUAGCCAGCUGACAAAUUUUGAGGAUCGCAUCCAGGCAAUGACAAUGCACCUGCAGAAUGUCCGUAGGGAGUUGACCAAUACACAGUUUUUACAAAGAGCACGAGAUAAAGAACUUGAAACUGAACAGCAUUUGAAGACAAUUGCGGAGCAUGAAAUGCAACGUCUCAAGCAAGAGAUUCAGCGGCUUGAAAAUGACUUGGUUUUAUUGCGAGAGCGAAAAAAUAUUAUGGAGAAUAAUAUCUACAGGUAUACACAACAAAUAGAGGAUUUGAAGUGUCAGUUGAACUGGGAUAAGCAAGCUUUGGAGGCGUGGCUUGAAGAGUCAACAAAAACGGAUGAAGAUACAAUUAUCAUACAGAAAUACGCUAAAGAUGAUGAAGGGAAGAUCAGGGAUAUAUCAGUACAAAUGGAGAGGAUGACCAAUGAUGCAAACAAAAAACGAAAGCUACUUGACAAUGAAAUGACUGAAACAAUUGCAGCACAGAUGGAACUGGACAAAAUAGCACAUGACUUUCGCAGAUCCCACAGUGAGAGGCAAGAACUAAUUAGGCAAUGGCAGAACACAAUUGAACAGAUGCAGAGAAGGGAUCAAGAUAUGGACAAGUGUGCAUUGAUACUAGCAGAAGUAAAGCAGGAAAUACGAGAAAAAGAAGCAUUAAUUAAUGAGAAAGUUCAGUUUCUUAAGAAUGAGACUGAAAACAAUGAAGAAUUUUUAAGAAAGAUUUCCAUAAAUGAACGUCAAGGAGCUAAACUUCGUUUAGAGUAUCAAGCACAUGAAACAAACCGUAUUCAACUACAAAAUGAGCUUGAUACCUUAAAAAGCAAAGUGGAUAGAACUGCAACCGAUCUAGAAACUGUGAGAAGUCAAAUAACAAAUUUGAAGCGGGAAAACAUAGAAAAAACCACCAAACUCAGGAAUGCUAAAGAGGAAACCAAAGCUCUUGAGGGCAGACUCAAAGCCGUGACAGACUCGGUGGUGGGUACUGAGGAACAAGUGGCUAGAAUCGAGAAGGCACUGAAGAAUGAAGAAAAAAUAGUGAAGGAACUUGAUGAUCAGAUGAAGUAUCUGACGGACAAGAAGUUUAGGAAAGCUAAAGAUCUUCACGCCAUUAAUGAGGAGGUCAAAACAACUAAAAACCAAAUGUCAGGAAAUAAGGCAACACUCCGCAAUCUCAAUAGCCGAAUUGACAAACUUGACAAUGAAAGCAUCAAACAGCAGGAAGUGAUUUACAGCCAGGAUUUUCAGAUCCAGCAGCUAGACCGAAAGUUGGCCAAGUUAGAAGGAAAUAUGAGCAAUUAUGAAAAAGAGAUUUUGGGAGAUAAGGUGGAAGAACUCUCAAAGACCUUAGAAGAGAAAAAGAGCACAGUGAACCUGUUAAACACACAACUUAAGAAACUCCAGAAUGAUAUUCAACAUUUGAGGAGACAUCUGGACAAGUGCAGAGAGGAGAAAAGUGAUCUGACCUGUAAAAUAGAAGAAAUCCAUCUUCACAUUGAUAAUGGAGAAAAAGAAUUAAAAAAGAACAGACUUUCUGAACAAGAUUUCAUGAUUGAAGAUAACCUCCUAAAAUUAGAAGUUAAGCGCCUACGGGACAUGCUCCACAGCAAAGCUGAUGAUGUGUUGUCUUUGGAGAAAAGAAAGUUGCAGCUUGAGACAGCAAUGAAAGAAAGAACUGAAGAAAUCAAAAUUCAUAUGGAUAUACUACAAAUGCAGAUCAAGCACAUAGAGCAGGAACACCAAGGUAUUAGUGCUGAACUACAUGAAAGGUUUUCAAAAAUUGACAAACUGAAGAAGAGGUAUGAACUUAUCAUGUUUACAAUGGAACCUCCUGAGGGCGAAGAGGAACGAUCUCAGGCUUAUUAUGUAAUUAAGGCUGCUCAAGAUAAAGAGGAGCUUCAGAGGCAGGGGGAUGAGCUUGAUGCUAAAAUUUCCAAAGGAGAAAAAGAAUUAAGAGCUCUUGAGAAUACACUCCAGCUCCUCCACAAUCAAAAUUCGACAUACCGAAAAUCUUUCAGCAAGGUCACGGAAACAAGUGAAGAAUACGAGGAUAAAUUAAAGUUGGAAGAACAGAAACAGGCCAUUGGAGAAAAAUAUAGAUAUAAACGCAGGCAGGUUCGGGAGCUCCAGGAAGACAUUCUGUGCAUGACAAACACCUUAGAGAACCUGCUGAAGGAAGAAUCAACAUUGCAGAUAAUUGCUCAGGAAAAAAAUGAUAAAACUGUACAUCUCAUAAAGGAACUGGAUGAUCAGAGCAUCAAACUGGAAAGGGUGACCAAACAUUGCUCCAGAGUGGUUAAAGAUAUACGUUCCAAAGAGCAAAGUCCUGGAGAAACCCCGGAGGAGCAAGACAUUGAUCUUCGCGAACUACGAGACUUUAACAGGUCAUUAAACAGGUUAUUAGCAGAAGCGAUGAGUGAUUGUCCAAGUUUGGCUUCAGAUCUUCAACUUUACUUUAACCAGGCUGGCUUGCCAUUACCAACUGCCCCAACACCACCACAUAGUCAUCAUAGUUCUGGAUCAUCAUCAGUUCACAGCUCUGUUUCAUCUCAGAGAACUGUUGUCUCAACUCGAAGCAGCAGCAGCAGGAGUGGACCGUCUGCUGUGACUCCCAUGAAUCUAGCUCUGGAUGUAACAGCAUCAUCACCACAAGCUUCGUCACGGGGAAGCCAGCAAAGCCUGUAAUAUUCUCAAAGCAAGAAGUUGUGGAAUACCAAGAAAUUGAUACUUUAAACUUUUUUAAAGAAUAGAUCAAUAAUUGUUAAAGUACAUUUCAGUAUUCCACUACAAGCUUUUACAUUGUAGAGAUUUGUGGUAAGCGACAAUGUAUGUUGUUAUUUUCAUGAAAUUGAAAAUAAAUUAAUGCAACUUCAAGCUGAA